CCAAUAGCGACGACUAUAGUCGUCUCUUUCUAGCUCAUGGGAAAUUUAGAAAACAUUCAAGAGACUUCCAGAGUGUCAUUGUUUGAAGAAUCUGUGCAAUUUUCUCUAGCAAUUUCGGGCAAAAUGCCUAAGAAAAUGGGAGAAAACACUAAGGCUGUGGAGGCGCGCGAGCGCAAGCUGCAGGCGAAGAAGGCGCUCAACGAGAAAAUUGCCAAGGAGAAAGAGGACGCGUUGUGGCAUGAUGACGAUAAGAAUCUGGCCAAGAAGAAGCAGAAGAAGGAGGAGGAGGAGCGCAGGAAGGCUGAGCAAUUGCGGAAAAAGGCUGAGAAUAAGCAACUCCUCGAAGAGGAGAUGAGCUCCAUCAAGACGACAGGGAAGCCCUCGAUCCAGAAGAUUACCCGCGCACAGAUCCAGAAGGAGGUGGAGACCAGAAACAAGAAUAUCGAAGCUAUCAAUAAACCGCCGAAGAUCAAGGAGCCUGUGCUGGAGGAGAAUCUGAACAGGGUGAAUCUGGACAGCACCGUGGCCACGACUGUUGACGAAGCGAUCGCCGCGCUGAGUAUGAAGGACGACGCUCUGGACAAGCAUCCGGAGAAGCGAAUGAAGGCCGCCUUCAAGGCGUUCGAGGAGGAGAACAUGACUAGGAUCAAGCUGGAGAAUCCCACGAUGAAGUUGUCGCAGUGGAAGCAGCUGCUCUUCAAGGAAUGGACACGCUCUCCGCAGAACCCCAUGAAUAGACCGCAGUGAGAAAAAAGAUACUGACAUGUUUUCUAUCUUUACAAAAUACCAUUUAUUAUUUAU